AGAUAAAAUAUCGAUCAUAAAUUAGAGGGUUGUAUUUCAUGUCCCCAUCCGCGAACUAUAAGAAUAUGCAGCCUGCACUCCAACACAACACCAGCUGUAGUCCGUGGCUCUUGGCAUCUAUGAUUCGAAACAGCUGGAACAGGGAAAUAUUCCCAUGUAAACGACAGCAGAGAGGCCAAUUCUUUUCGAUAUAAGGGAUACUGAAUAUUGUGUACUGAAACCACCGGCUCCGCCGGUCCUUACUACACUCUCAUCGGCUGUAUUUUUUCACCAAACCAACAAAAUCGCCGGUGCAAGACUCGCUGGUCGUAUACCCGCUCAUUUACUUCUCUCUCAGUUUCCGGACCUUCUCUCCUCUUUUCCGUGACAGAUAGUCACCGGAGAGGAAGGAAGGAAGAAGAACAAGACAAAAAACUAGUUUCGAAAGCGUGUGAACCAUAGAGAGUCAAUGGAGUAUAAUCGGCAAGCCUCCUCUGCUUCUCUGACCACGAAACUCUCCAACGGCUACAACGUAUACGACGGCGUUUUUAGUGGUCCGCAGGCCAAGCUCGGUUCUCGAGUGGAGAAUUACGGAGAUAUUUUUGGUGGCUCUGGCGCCGUGUCUUCGAUUCCGAUUCUCGAUGUGCCGGAGCUGAAUGAGGGCAAGGUCUCGGUGGCUGUACGGAGCUCGAGGCUCGAUUACUCGACGAUUUUUGGCGGUUUUGGAGACUCGGAUUCUGCGGUGUCGUAUGAAGAGUUUGCUAAGCCAAACAAAGUGAGAAAGUCUUCUCCGGAAGCUAGGACUCUGGGAAAGGCAGGAUCCUAUGCAGAACAGUCAGAUCCUUCUACGUUCUCAGAAGACAAAAACGUUUCCUCACGUGAAGCUUCCUUUCAAUCCUUCGAUGGUGUGAAACAAUUCAAUGUAUCCUAUCAAAAGACUAAUCAAGGAAUUGGGCAGGGGACAAAUGGAACAACACAUAUUGCUCAUCUCCAUGCUGUUCCUGGCUUUGCUUGUUUAAUAAAUGAAAUUCCUUCCCAGAUGUCUGAAGGAGGCAAGUCAACACCAGCAGUAAUAGAUGGUGCUGGUUCUAAUGUUAAAUGCCAUGAGGGAAAAAUGGAAGGCAGUCCUUGCAGGAAUGCCACCUCAGGUCCUGGAUUUUGUGAUACUGCCAAGAAGACAUCUAAAAGUGGGAAUUGUAAGAGAUCCAAUUCAAAUGAGAGGUUAUUUGAUGCUUUUAAAAUUGAUUUCAGUCAUCUUCUUUCGAGAGCACCACCACCUUCAGAAGCAUCACCUCGUGUGGGAAAUGAUAAGUUUCAUUUCCAGAGAUCGGCGGCUUCAAAGAUUGAGGAUUCUAGGCGCGAUGCUCCUGAAGGUGCUUCUGGUAAUUGUUCACCACCUUAUUUUGAUGAGGAAGUUGAUGCAAAUUCAGUUGCUGCUGCAUCUGCAGCUGCUGUUAGAAAGGCUAUAGAGGAGGCUCAAGCAAGGAUAAAAAUUGCGAAAGAAUUAAUGGAAAGAAAGAAGGAAGCUCUUCAAAAUCGUGUGAAACUGAGCUUUGAUGACUUGAAAGCUAAGAAAUGUGACAGUAAAGUAAAGAAUUCGAAAGAUAAGAGGGCUCAAGAUGUUCGUGGAAGAGUCGAUAAGCCCUUGCAUCAUUUUGUUGGGAUGCAAAUGCGAAAUGUCAAAGCAAACCAAGUAAGUCCUGGCUUCAUAGGCAGUGAAAAACCUACCGUGGCUACAGGAGCUGUUGGAAUAAUGGAAAGGGAGGAGUUCAGGUUAGCUCAAGCAGAUCAUCGGCAGGAAGCAACAGAUGUAAAAGCAGCUAAACAGUUUUGUGAACUUGCAAAUACAGAUGUGUAUGGAGGUACAUUGUUGAAGCAUGAGCUGGCAAACAAUGGAAAGGAAAACAUUCAAUCACAAAAUGAAUUUGAACUAAGGGUGAAGAAAACACUUAUGGAAAUCCCUGAGAUAUCAGAGGACUGUGAUAAGAUACCGAUAUCUGUUGAUGUUCAUGAACUAGACAGGUUUGAAGGAAGAUUUAACUCUGAGUUGGAAGAAUGUGCCAACAAAUUGAAUUCAACUCAAAAGGUUCAUGAUCAGGAAGAAAAUAAAGAAAAAUUAGGAAAUGCUCAAGAGCUACAAGAAUCUGAGCAGAAAGUAAAGGCAUCAAAUGGAAAUCAAAUGUGUAAAAAUAUCUUGAAAGAUCUUCAAAAUCUUGCAGAAGAUGAGAAGAAACUCAGAGAUCCUCAUGAAGGAGUGAAUAGUAGGUUAAGGAAACCUGAGCUGAAAGAAAAAGAGAGGAAGCAAAAGGUGAUUUCUUGCCUUAAUGAGACUGAAAAGUCGCACGAGAAACCAUGUGAGCGGAAAGAAGAUGCAGAGACACAUGUAGCUGCAUGGAAACUGGAAGAAAAUAAGGAAGGGAAUGGUGCCAAUUGGUACAAUGAGAAGAAGUCAGAUCAAGUUUAUGAGCAGAAGGUGAAUGAGGUCAGAAAUAAUGUUUACAAUAAUGGGGAGGAAAGUGCAAAGCCAAUGGAAGAAGUGUAUGAAAUCAAAGAUAAUAGUGCUCCUAAAGAGACUCGGGAGAAUGAGGAAAAACUUGAAGAUGCUAUCCAGGUAAAUGAAAAUGAGGAGAGAUGGGAUCAAACCAACGAAUGGGUACAAACUGAGAGAACAGAAUCAGAAAAUGAUCAGAGGACAGCUGGUGAAAUUGAAAAUGACACUCAAGGGAACUUAAUUGACCAGGAGAACAAUGUUGUGGAAUCUGAUGAUUUGUGUGAGCAGGAUGAUAAUGAGGAGCUAACCAAAGCUAGAGAAUCCCAUUGGCAUGAAAAAUACAUACAAGCUAUUGGUGAAACUGCUGAGGCACGCGCAUAUGAAGAGAUUGAGAGGAUGUUGGAAGUAACAAAAACACCCUUUCAUCCCAAAAAGAAUAAAGAGGAGUCAAAAGCUACUAUAGAUGCCUAUAACAAGGAGAACUUUGAAACCAGUGGCCAGGUGCAAUGUACCCUUGAACCAAAUGAGGCAGCAAAGCAUUUGAAGGAUGCUGAUAAGGCCCUUGAACAAUAUGUAAACAAAACUGAAAGAGUCCUAGGUCCUGGAGAACAAACUGAAGCAUCAGCCAGUCGAUCUGGAGGGAGUGACAGUGAUGUGGAGGAGUCUAAACCUGCCAUCAAUGAGGAAAACAAGGAUAACAAUUUUGAAUCUUCUAAUGGAGGAAGACAGGUUGAUAAUGGGACAAAGGUGGACACACCUCAGCUGCUUAGUACAUCAGAGGGGAAGGAAAGAGCUGAUGAGGAAACUGCAGAAGAGAUCAAAACCACCCAAAUUACACAAAGUAAAGAGAAGAAUCAUCAGAAGACCCCGACAAUGGAUGAGAGGGAGGCUGAGAAUACUUCACGAAAAAAGGUGGAACUGGAAAUGAAACGCCGUAAAAGAAUGGAAGAAGGGAAAGAAAGGGAAAGAGAGAAGGAGAGAGUAGCUGUUGAAAGAGCAAUCCGUGAAGCUCGUGAGCGCGCUUUUGCUGAAGCACGAGAAAGGGCAGAAAGAGCUGCAGUGGAGAGAGCAACAGCAGAAGCUCGUAGAAGAGCAGUGGCUGAUGCCCGAGAAAAGUCAGAGAGAGCUUCUGUAGAUGCCAAUGAGAAGUCAUCGGCUGAGAAGGCUGCUAUGGAAGCCAAACUUAAAGCCGAACGUUCUGCAGUAGAGAGAGCAACUGCAGAGGCUCGGGAGCGUGCCCUAGAAAAAGCAUUGUCUGAAAAGACCUUUAAAGCGAGAAACCGUGGUGAAAAGGUUGCGGCUGAGAAGGUUCCUGGCGGUUCAAAAGAAAAUGGAAUGAGACAGAGCUAUCCAUUUUAUGAUUCACAGAAUAAAGGCUCAGAUUCUUCCAGCAGUUCGAGAUUUCCAAGUUCUGCAAAUCACAGUGUUCCCUACUCAACUGAGAAAUUUGAUGGAACCAAUGGUGAAUCUACUCAGCGAUGUAAGGCUAGGCUGGAAAGGCAUCAAAGGACAGCAGAACGUGCGGCGAAAGCUCUCGCAGAGAAGAAUAUGCGUGAUCGUCUUGCUCAGAAAGAACAAGCCGAGAGAAAUAGAUUAGCGGAAGCACUGGAUGCUGAAGUGAAGCGAUGGUCAAGUGGGAAAGAGGGGAACUUGCGAGCCCUGAUUUCAACACUUCAAUAUAUCCUUGGGCCUGAUAGUGGAUGGCAGCCAAUUCCUCUAACAUAUAUAAUAUCAACUACUGCAGUGAAGAAAGCUUACCGUAAAGCCACCCUUUUUGUUCAUCCUGACAAGUUGCAGCAACGGGGUGCAAGCAUACAACAGAAGUACACAUGUGAGAAGGUUUUUGAUAUUCUGAAGGAGGCUUACAACAAGAUCAGUGCUGAGGAUAGAUAGAAAUUGUCCUUCUGGCCGCUCUCGUUAUGCAAGAGUAUACAGAUGACGGAAUAGGAUUUCUGAAGAGAAUAGAGGUAGGGAAAAAAGGGAAACAGUGCUGAAAUAGUCGAAGAACACGGAGAAACUCAACCUGCAAAAUCCUACAUCUGCUCUAAAGGGGCAUGGUUUCAGCAUCUUGACCGAUGCUGUCAUUCCAUCUAAUCUGAUUGGCAUGGAAUCUCUCAUAAAGCCCGGUGCACGAAGCAUUAUUGCAUUCUGAGCAUGUAUACGAUUCGCAGCUUGUGGAAAGACUGGAAUUUGGGGCUUCAAUAAUAUCAUGGAUCUCCUCCACCCCGCUUUCUGCUAACUUCAUGCACCAGCAUUUGAAUUGGUUGAAGAUUUGAAUCCUCCCGCACGCUAUAAACAAGUAAUAUUGAUUCAGCCAAUAUAAAAUAUGUAAAUUGAAAAAAAAAAAAAACUUUGUGUAAGUUCGAAUUUUUUUUUUUUUUUUUGUUUUUGGUG